CACAGUCCGCUCGCUGCCCUCAGUCUCGCUCAGGCAGUUUGUGGUACACGUGGGUGGGUAGACACGCAUCACCACCACCACCACCACCACCACCAUGCAUUUCGAGGAUCUGUUGGAGGAGGUCGGGUCCUUCGGCCUCUACCAGCGGGUCCUCUGCUUCCUGCUCAUCCCGCUCACUACGGGCGUGGUGGGCCUCACCUACUACUUCCAGCUGUUCAUUCUGACGGCGCCACCCCACACAUGCCGCCAGCAGGUGGUGGAGAACGCCACGCAGAUGGAGGCGCUGUUGGAGGCGACGCCCUAUACGUCAGCAGUUCGAGAGCCGUACAUCUGCCACCAGUUCCCAGCCAACUACAGCCUCCCCGUCAAUGCCUCCUCCCUGGUCUCCCUCAGCGCGCCCUCCAUGCCCUGCGACAACGGCUGGGACUAUGAUUACCGCACCUUCUUCGCCACCUUCACGUCUGAGCGCGACUGGGUGUGCGACGAGGCGUGGCGAAACUAUCUGGUGGUGACUCUCUUCUGGGUUGGCAAUACUGUCGGCUCCUGGCUGUGGGGACUCGCUUCGGACCUGCGUGGGAGGCGUGUGGCCAUCGCGGGCAGCCUGCUGGUGUAUGGCGUGGCGGGUCUGGCGUCAGUCUUCGCUAAGGACUUCUACUUGUUCUCCAUUCUCCGCUUCCUGGUGGGCUCGUCUCACCACACUGUCACCCACCUGCCCUUCGUGUUGGUGGUCGAGUACUGUGGUCUGAAGGCCCGAGUGGUUCCCCUCUUCACCAUCAUGGUCACCUACACGCUGGCCUCCAUCGCCGCCCCUGCCAUCGCCUACCUCGUCUGGGACUGGACAAACCUCACUCUCAUUGCCGCUCUCCCCUCCCUGGCAUUCCUCCUUGCCUUCAAAUGGCUCCCAGAAUCUGCCUCGUGGCUUUUGACUAAAGGAAGAGUGGAGGCUGCCAGGACCCAGCUGUCCAAGGUGGCGAAAGUAAACAAGCAGGAGCUGUCGAGGGAGAGGCUGACGGCACUGCUGGUAGAGACUGGGGAGGAGGAAGAGGCGGAGGGGGUCGAGAAGAAGGGAGGUGGUGGAGUUUCCAUUCUUCAGGCAGUGCAAUAUCCAAGGCUGAGGUGUAAUAUUCUGCUGGUGCUGCUGGUGUGGAUGCUGGCGUGCAUGUGUUUCUAUGGCCACUGCCAGAACACGGCCAACCUGGGGAGCAGUGUGCUGAUGAGCUACCUGCUGGGGGCCGUGGUGGAGGUGCCGUCCUGGUGUGUGCCGCUCCUCAUCCAUCGUUUUGGCCGCCGCGUGCCCCUCGCGUCUGCCUUCCUCAUCUCGGCAAUUACUGGUUUCGUCUAUGCUCUUGUACCUGCAGACAUGGAGUGGGUGGUGCUGGUGGUGGCGCUGAUGGGCCGCGCCUCCAUCACUGGUGCCUACUACAUCACCCUGCAGUACGGCCCUGAGAUAUUCCCCACGGAAGUCAGGGGGCAGGGGGUGGCCCUCUCGGAGACCUUGGGGGGCGUGGCAAUAUUCAUCUCCCCCAUGGUGGUGUAUCUGGGUGAGUUUAAGAGAACGGCCCCACUGCUGGUGUUUGCUGGGCUCUCAGUGCUGGGCGGAGGUGCCACGCUGCUGCUGCCAGAGACUGGGGGCAUGGUGCUCCCUCAGACGCUGGGCCAGGCUGAGGUGUUCUCCAGGCAGGCCACUCCAUUGUGCUGCAAGUCAAGAUCAAAAGGUGAAGAAAAGGAGGAGGAACAAGGUGACGAGACACUGUAGCCUUUCCUAUCGUCUCCCCUUUCUUAUCAUCUCCUCUUUCCCCUCUUACUCCCUCCUUCUGUCUCUUCUUUAACCUCAUCCAGCACAAAAAAAAAAAAAAAAAAAAAAAUACACGGAAAAGUAUGUGUGUGUGUGUGUGUGUGUGUGUGUGUGUGUGUGUGUGUGUGUGUGUGUUACUUAUAAGAUUACAAUUACCUAGACAUACAGGUAUUGACAAAACCAAAGGUGUGGACCAGAUUAAAUAUAAUUAUUAUCUAC